CCUGGAAGCAGUUCCGGGAAACCCCGCGUGCUGCCGGGAUCGCGUCUCUGUCCAUGAGGGGGGGAGGGGGUGGCGCGCGCGCCAUUUCUAGUCGUUUUCAAAGCGCCUCGCGCUGAUUCUCACGGGCCCGGCCGGCGGCCCCAGCUCUGCCCUGCAGCAUAAUAAAAUGGCUAAUCAGGUGAAUGGUAAUGCGGUACAGUUAAAAGAAGAGGAAGAACCAAUGGAUACUUCCAGUGUAACUCACACAGAACACUACAAGACACUGAUAGAGGCAGGCCUCCCACAGAAGGUGGCAGAAAGACUUGAUGAAAUAUUUCAGACAGGAUUGGUAGCUUAUGUCGAUCUUGAUGAAAGAGCAAUUGAUGCUCUCAGGGAAUUUAAUGAAGAAGGAGCACUCUCUGUACUACAACAGUUCAAGGAAAGUGACUUAUCACAUGUUCAGAACAAAAGUGCAUUUUUAUGUGGAGUUAUGAAGACCUACAGGCAAAGGGAGAAACAGGGGAGCAAGGUGCAAGAGUCCACAAAGGGGCCUGAUGAAGCAAAGAUCAAGGCAUUGCUUGAGAGGACUGGCUAUACUCUGGAUGUAACCACAGGACAGAGGAAGUAUGGUGGUCCUCCUCCAGACAGUGUGUACUCUGGAGUACAACCUGGAAUUGGAACAGAAGUCUUUGUAGGUAAAAUACCAAGAGAUUUAUAUGAGGAUGAGUUGGUACCCCUUUUUGAAAAGGCUGGUCCCAUUUGGGAUCUACGUCUUAUGAUGGAUCCACUGUCUGGUCAGAACAGAGGGUAUGCAUUUAUCACCUUCUGUGGAAAGGAAGCUGCACAGGAAGCUGUUAAACUGUGUGACAGCUAUGAAAUUCGCCCUGGUAAACACCUUGGAGUGUGCAUUUCUGUGGCAAACAACAGGCUUUUUGUUGGAUCAAUUCCGAAGAAUAAGACUAAGGAAAACAUACUGGAAGAAUUCAGUAAAGUCACAGGUUUAACAGAGGGUUUGGUGGACGUUAUUCUCUAUCAUCAACCCGAUGACAAAAAGAAGAAUCGGGGGUUCUGCUUCCUUGAAUAUGAGGAUCACAAGUCAGCAGCACAAGCCAGACGCCGGCUGAUGAGUGGAAAAGUAAAAGUAUGGGGAAAUGUAGUUACAGUUGAAUGGGCUGACCCUGUGGAAGAACCAGAUCCAGAAGUCAUGGCUAAGGUGAAAGUUUUAUUUGUGAGAAACUUGGCUACUACAGUGACAGAAGAAAUACUGGAAAAGUCAUUUUCUGAAUUUGGAAAACUCGAACGAGUGAAGAAGUUGAAAGAUUAUGCAUUUGUUCAUUUUGAAGACAGAGGAGCAGCUGUUAAGGCCAUGGAUGAAAUGAAUGGCAAGGAAAUAGAAGGGGAAGAAAUUGAAAUAGUCUUAGCCAAGCCACCAGACAAGAAAAGGAAAGAGCGCCAAGCUGCUAGACAGGCUUCCAGAAGCACUGCGUAUGAAGAUUAUUACUAUCACCCUCCUCCUCGUAUGCCACCUCCAAUUAGAGGUCGGGGUCGUGGUGGGGGGAGAGGUGGAUAUGGCUACCCUCCAGAUUACUAUGGCUAUGAAGAUUACUAUGACGAUUACUAUGGUUACGAUUAUCACGACUAUCGUGGAGGCUAUGAAGAUCCCUACUACGGCUAUGAUGAUGGCUAUGCAGUAAGAGGAAGAGGAGGAGGAAGGGGAGGGCGAGGUGCUCCACCACCACCAAGGGGGCGGGGAGCACCACCUCCAAGAGGUAGAGCUGGCUAUUCACAAAGGGGGGCACCUUUGGGACCACCAAGAGGCUCUAGGGGUGGCAGAGGGGGUCCUGCACAACAGCAGAGAGGCCGUGGUUCCCGUGGAUCUCGGGGCAAUCGUGGGGGCAAUGUAGGAGGCAAGAGAAAGGCAGAUGGGUACAACCAACCUGAUUCCAAGCGCCGUCAGACCAACAACCAACAGAACUGGGGUUCCCAACCCAUCGCUCAGCAGCCGCUUCAGCAAGGUGGUGACUAUUCUGGUAACUAUGGUUACAAUAAUGACAACCAGGAAUUUUAUCAGGAUACUUAUGGGCAACAGUGGAAAUAGACAAGUGAGGGCUUGAAAAUGAUAUUGGCAAGAUCGAUUGGCUCUAGAUCUACAUUCUUCAAAAAAAAAUUGGCUUAACUGUUUCAUCUUUAAGUAGCAGUUUGCUGCCAUUUGUAUUGGGCUGAAGAAAUCACUAUUGUAUAUAUACUCAAGUCUUUUUAUUUUUUUUUCCUCUUUUCAUAAAUGCUCUUGGACAUUAUUGGGCUUGCAGAGUUCCCUUAUUCUGGGGGUUACAAUGCUUUUAUCGUUUCAGGCUUCAUUUUUAGCUUCAAAAACAAGCUGAGCACACUGUUAAAUCAUGAUUUUGCAGAACCUUUGGUUUUGGACAGUUACAUUUUUUUGGAUUUGGGAUAGAUUACAUAGGAGUAUGGAGUAUGCUGUAAAUAAAAAUACAAGCUAGUGCUUUGUCUUAGUAGUUUUAAGAAAUUAAAGCAAACAAAUUUAAGUUUUCUUGUAUUGAAAAUAACCUAUGAUUGUAUGUUUUGCAUUCCUAGAAGUAGGUUAACUGUGUUUUUAAAUUGUUAUAACUUCACACCUUUUUGAAAUCUGCCCUACAAAAUUUGUUUGGCUUAAACGUCAAAGCCGUGACAAUUUGUUCUUUGAUGUGAUUGUAUUUCCAAUUUCUUGUUCAUGUAAGAUUUCAAUAAAACUAAAAAAUCUAUUCAAAACAUUACCUAUUUCAAAUUCAAUUGUGUCCUAAAACAUUAUUUUAUUCGUAAUCCUUUGCAAGGAAUAUUGUUUUCAAAUUAUAACUGCCUAUGUGAGUGAUCAAAUUCAUGCAAAAUUUCUUGUCUAUUCCAAUAUGUAUCGUGGCUAUCAGACUGAGGAUUAGUCUAAAUUCUAGUGUUUAUUCCAAAUAGCACUUUAUUGAUUGGUGUUCUUUCAUAGUCUCUUCUAAUUUUGAAAUUUUAUCCUUUAUUUUUAUAAAAACAGGUUCAAAGGCUUUUGAACAUUCUUGCAGGCAUUGGAUAAUUUGCGUUAAAUAAAAUGGGGUUGGGGAAGCAGACUGCAAUUUAUUUUUGACCCACAUUCUUUCUAUAAAGGAUAAUUUGCUGCCUGAAGACCUUAUUUGCUGGAUAAGUGAAUGUAUAACAGGAAAAAAUGUUAGUACUGUGGCGUCAAUUGCACUGCGGACUAAACUUCAGUUGUAGUGUACAUGAUCGUGACUACCACCUCAGUUACUGGUUUAGGGAUAUAAUUUCCUAUCACUAUGUAAAUUUUCUUUGAGAAGCACUCGUGCCUUAUAAGAGAGGCUUAAAAAUAUCCACUAGUCAUACUUCUGACUUUCUGUUAAUAUCUCUUUUAUGUUUUAACUACCCUCCUGGCUAAAGUUUUUGUUGGCCAAGUUAUGACAUCUAUUUCCCUGUUUCCUUUAGAAAUUCUGAAUUAUUGUAGUGACAGUUUUGCUUGAGAGUAAGAGGAACAAAAGAAUCCAAACUUCACAGUACAGAAAAGUCUGGAUCACAUUCAAAUUAUCAUAAAAAUUUCCCUUCCAUUUUACUUCUAGGUGGGUCUAAAAUGUUUUUAAUUAAAUUAUAAAAAUAAGCCAUUUAGGGAAUAAUUAAAAUGGGCACACCUUUAUUUUGUGUUUUGUUCCUGUUUGGUGUCUUUUAUGAUAGCAGUAGUAGAUCUCAGAAUCAUAAGCCAGUUAAUAAUUCCUUAUGAGCAAUUCCUUAUGAGCAUGCUUAGAUCAUAUUUUGGGUUUCAUGGCUUCUCUUUUAAGUAAGAAAAUUAAUAUUUCAUUUCUCUUUAAAAGUAUACUUAUAUAGUUCAGUAAGCUAACAGGCCUUAUUAAUACUCCUUUUGUGUUUUUGAAAACUCAUAAAGGAAUUAUGUAGUCUGUUGUAUAGUAGUUCCAAAUUAACAUGGGUAUCUACUAGGUAAAGCUUAGAUUCAGUUGCUUUUCUUAUGCCCAUGUAUGCAAGUAAAGACACCAAACAUUCUUUAAAUGCUGUUUUUAAACUUUGAAAAUACAAUUUGUAGUUAUCCUAACUAAAAGCCCAAAUUAGACUUAAAAAAAUCCUGAUUUUUCUUGGAAAGAAGAAAGCAUCUACAAGUAAAAUUUGGUUUGUUUGUAUUUCUUUAAAAUUAGAUGUUACCAGAUACAAAGUUAAUCAUGAAGAAAAUUAGGAAUGGGUAAAGAAGUGAUUCUGAAAAAGUAAUUGAUUGUGCUUCCCCUACCCAUCCUAAAAUAUAAACCCUAGCACAAGCAUAAGACUAAACCUUGGAUUCCAUGUCAAAAUCCUUUCCUUUAAUUGCAAAUAAUAUUUUACUCUCACCUAUUAAAAUAUGUCUAAGAGAUGUCCCUUUAAUAUUGCUAUGUAGGUUUUUUGUAGCUAUUUUAUUUUGCAGAAAAACAACUUUCUGAACAGUAAGUCUCACUUUAGAGCUUUUUCCCUUGUUGACAUCUUGUAAACUGUUGCUGUAGCAGCAUUCAGAGAAAAUAGAUUCAGAGCUUAAUUUUUCACAGAAAUAAAUCUAACAAUCUAAUACAUAAACCUGAAAAAUGUCCAUUCAAGAGGUCUUUAUUUUAGAUUUUCAUUAGGUGUUUUAAUGAAUUUUCUUUUAAAAUGAGUUUUGGGAAAUUUCAUUUCCUGCUCUUAAGCCAUCUUUUUUGUUCCCCAACCUAAUUCAUUUGUUUUUACUUAUGAGCCUGCUACAGUAUGUGUGUUGGGAAAUAUAUUUACUUCAUAUUGAGGCCAGCCUCUUUGUAGGUACCCUUCUAACUGACCUAAAUAUACCCCUUCCCCAUAAUGGAAUGCUAAUUUUUAUUUGAUCACUCAUUUAUAGCAGUUGCUUAAAUGUAUGUAUUUAAAUGACGGUGUUUUAAUUUUUUAAAAGCAAAAAAGUUCUAAUAAGUUGCCAGAUUUCUAAUAAAUUCAAGUUUAUUUGAUCAAU